AUGAAGGUGGAUGCAGAGUCUCUGAGUCGUUUCAUAUUCCUAGAAGCGGAGCAUGCGUACUGGUUGGGACAACUAAUUCAGAGCACCGCUAAGGGUUUGUGUGGGUCGAGAGCUAUGAAGGGUCGAAAGAUCUCUGUAUCUCAUUUUGCGAAUCACUUCGGUGGUGGCCUGAAGAUUUUGGAGGAGACAAAGGGUGGAAGGAGUUUUUACGUUCUGGUUCCGCGGGACCCGACCGGCUUGAGCAUCCUCAUCAACAUGCUCCUUGCCAUCCGUGGUCGUCCUACGGUUGAAAGAUCACCCCUAAAACGCUCCGCCUUUGUGGAACCAGGAAGAUCGUAUGCUUCGGCACUCAAAGAUGGCUUGAUAUUUAAGACAUGUACUUGCAGAUCUGUUAAGUCAGGGGAGAUAAUUUUUAUUGAGGCUAUUGAAGAUGGCGUUGAAGAUAGGACUUUUUUAGGUUGA